UCGAGGCAGCUGCUUCGUUUGUGUGGUUCCUUCUCCUUCCUGACAUUUUGGCACAAGAUUUUUGCAAAAUCUCUCUCUCCCUUUCUCUGGGUCUCUCUCGGUCCAAUCAAAUUUCCACUUCAACUACUUUCCCCCUUUUGCCAUGUCUACGCUGCCGCCUCCACUGUUGCACCAUACUACUAAAUAACUGAGAUCUCAUAACCUAGCGAUAAAUUCUGCCACAUCAUGCUUCAAGUCACGGAGAAACGGGCACUUUAAAAGCUUCUAGAGUAGUCUUUUCGAGUUUGCGGUUGUUGCGUUCUUAGUUCUAGUUAUUUUGAUGUCGUUCUAAUUGUGGAUUAAUGGAUCACGGGGAUGCUUGUCUUUCAGAAUUUUGAGUUGGUUGGAAUGGGCUAAUAUAUUUGGAGGCCUACUAGGCUGCUCAGGAACGGAACCGUACCUGGAUUUGUGAUUUGUUCAUCAUCAUUUCUCGUGUCUGACUGGAGUUGGAAUAAAUAGCUUAUCUUCGAGCAUAUGGCAGAAGACAGUCCAAGGAUUGGUGGGCUUUCUUCUGGACUGGCUGUUAUUUUAAAUGAUAAUGAUAACAAAGGGAGUUCAUCGAAAGGUCGUUGUUUUUCUUAUUGUGAUGAAUUCAAUCAUCAAUCCGUGGAGCGGACACUUGAAUAUGUAUUUUGUCUCCCCAACAAGUCCAUUGAUCCUGUGACUUGUCCAGUUGAUACGGCAUUUAUUCGCUCCAUCAUAAAGAAUAGGUUCUCGGAACUUGCUCAUCCAAUUGCACCCCAUGGUGCGGGAGAUGGUAUAUGUAUUGUUGAUAAUGGUCUGGGAUCUAAUGUAGUCAGUAUUGAGAAAGUCAGUAUCUGUGGUGAUAUUAGGAUAGUUAAGCCGCCAUUACAUGUGGAAAGUUUUUCAAUGUUCAGCAGUGCUAGGGCUAAUGCUUGUGUCUGGAGUGGAAAAUGGAUGUACGAAGUUAUUUUAGAAACUUCAGGGAUACAACAGCUUGGAUGGGCAACUCUUGCUUGCCCUUUCACUGACCAUGAGGGUGUUGGUGAUGCAGAUGAUUCCUAUGCUUUUGAUGGGAGAAGAGUUCGCAAAUGGAAUAAGGAAGCCGAGAGGUAUGGUCAGUCUUGGGUCGUUGGUGAUGUCAUUGGAUGUUGUAUUGAUUUAGAUAGAAAUGAAAUCUUGUUCUAUAGGAAUGGCAUCUCACUUGGGGUGGCAUUUUCUGGUAUUCGCAAAAUGGGUCCUGGUAUUGGAUAUUAUCCAGCAAUAUCUCUAUCUCAAGGUGAGAGAUGUGAAAUAAAUUUUGGUGCUCACCCCUUUAAAUACCCUAUUGAUGGCUACUUUCCCCUUCAAGCACCCCCAUCAAUAAACAGUUUUGCUUCCCAUAUGUUGAAAUGCUUAUUGAGGAUUUUGGAAGAGAAACGUAUAGAAUGCCUUGAGAUUAACUCCGUUGAGAAAUUGAGGAGACUGAAAAGGUUUGUUUCAGUUGAAGAACUAUUUCAUCCUGUUUCUGUUGGGAUUUGUGAUGAAUUCUUCUCUGCACUUGAAGCUGAUGCAAAUAGUAUUGAGUAUAUUGGAUGGGGACCUUUUUUGUCAUUCAUGAUGGAAGUAUUUGGACCACAGCCGCCACACAAUUUCUCAAGCUUAGAUAGAAUUAUUGAUGUCCUCCUAAGAUGUCAAGGCUCUAUACCAUUAUUUGAGCAUUUAAUAAAUGCCCUUUCAUGUUGCUGUAAAACAUCACCACUAGUUUUAACUGAGUGUCCAUACUCUGGAUCCUAUUCCUAUCUUGCAUUGGCUUGCCACAUCUUCAGACGAGAAGAAUUAAUGGUGCUUUGGUGGAAGUCAGUUGAUUUUGAAUCACUCUUUGAAGGUUUUUUAUCACGGAAGAAUCCAAAUAAGCAGGAUCUUGAGUAUAUGAUGCCCUCGGUUUGGUGGCCUGGUUCACGUGAGGAUGUGUCGUAUGAAAGUAGCAUGGAUUUAACUACUACGGCUCUAUCUGAAGCACUCAAUGAGAUUGAGGAGAAGCACAGAGAUCUUUGCCGCUUAGUCAUUCAGUUCAUACCACCCACAACAUCCCCCCAGUUGCCAGGUUCAGUAUUUAGAGCAUUUUUGCAGAACCUAUUACUGAAGAACAGAGGAGCUGAUCGUAAUGCAUCCCCUUCUAGAGUUUUAAGCAAUUCUAUUGUUGUUUCUCUAUAUGCUGUAAUACUUCAUUUUUUGUCCGAAGGAUUUGGAAUGGGCAGUGUUUGUGACUGGUUGAGAAGUAGUGAAAGUGAUGGUCCUGAUACUGGUUUUUUUCAUAGAGGUGGGCAGCGCAGUUUCCCUGUAUAUUUGUUCUUUAAAGAUGAGUCCCAUCGAACUGUCACAGCUAGGCUUGGAGGUUCAUACAAUCAUAUAUCAAAAUUACAUCCUCGUGAUCAAGAAGUUGAAGUAAUUCAUUGGGAGGAAGGUUGCAUGGAUGACCAUGAGACUAGAGUAACUCAUUCCACCAGGCAAAAGCCAUGUUGCUGUUCAAGUUAUGAUGCUGAAUGCAUGAGGAGUUCAAAGGAUCCUAUUAAAUAUGCUAUCAGAAAUUCUCGUGGAAUUCCUAUGCACGAUAGAUCUGCUCAUGUAGCUAGUGAAUGUAGUGCUGGAAAUUUGAAUGAUGAAAUAACUGAUAAACCGAGUUCAAGCGAACAAUCAGAUGCACAGUUUGGAUAUUGCCCACUGCAGCACGUGAGGAUUGUACCAAGAGAGACUAAUACAUCUUCAGCUACAUUAAGAGAAGAAGAACUUUUAGACUUCUUACUUCUCUUUUAUCACAUGGGACUUGCACCAGAUUUUAAGCAGGCAUCACAUUACAUGUCACAUCAAUCUCAAUUAAUAGCUCUACUUGAAGAAACUGAUAAACAGAUAAGAGAACGAGCUUGUAGGGAGCAAAUAAAGCGCCUAAAAGAAGCUCGUAGCACUUACAGAGAUGAAGUGAUCGAUUGUGUAAGAAAUUGUGCAUGGAAUCGCAUUUCUUUGUUUUCCCCGUGGAAGCAAAGAGGAAUGUAUGCAAUGUGCAUGUGGACUGUUCAGUUGCUUCUUGUUCUUAGCAAAAUGGAUUCGAUGUUUAUAUAUGUCCCUGAGUUUUAUGUGGAAGCACUGGUUGACUGCUUUCACGUGUUACGUAAGGGAGAUCCUCCAUUUGUGCCUUCUACUAUAUUUCUCAAGCAAGGGCUUGCUUCAUUCGUGACAUUUGUAGUCACUCACUUCAAUGAUCCAAGGAUAUCAAGUGCCGAUUUAAAAGAUCUGCUUCUUCAGUCCAUAUCAGUUCUUGUUCAGUACAAAGAAUAUUUGGUCACUUUUGAGAGUAACGAGGCAGCUACACAGAAGUUGCCGAAGUCAUUGCUAACAGCAUUUGAUAACAGAUCCUGGAUUCCCGUGACGAACAUUCUUCUGCGACUAUGCAAAGGUUCUGGCUUUGGUUCUUCAAAACAUGGAGAAUCGUCAUCAUCAUCUAUCAUAUUUCAGACACUACUACGAGAGGCAUGUGUCAUGGAUGAAGGCCUGUUCUCAUCUUUUCUUAAUCGUUUGUUCAAUACUCUUAGCUGGACUAUGACUGAAUUCUCAGUUUCAAUUCGAGAAAUGCAAGAAAAAUACCAGGUAAUAGAUUCUCAACAAAGAAAAUGCAGUGUCAUAUUUGAUCUUUCAUGCAAUCUGGCAAGAGUUUUGGAAUUCUUUACACGGGAAAUCCCUCAAGCAUUCCUGUUGGGAUCUGAUACGAACCUCAGAAGGUUGACUGAGUUAGUACUUUUUGUGCUGAACCAUGUGACUUCAGCAGCAGAUGCUGAAUUCUUCGACUUGUCACUGAGACGUAAUGGGCAAUCUUUAGAGAAAGUAAACAGAGGCAUGAUAUUGGCUCCUCUUGUGGGCAUCAUCUUGAAUCUGUGGGAUGCUAGUGCAGAGCUGAAGUACAAAGAAUACAAUGACGUUGUUGGUAUUUUUGCUAGCAUGGAAUGUCUAAAUACUGUAAACUGUGGAUUUCGGCUUCUGUUGGAUUACAACUGGGUUAGCGCCCCCUCUCUCUUUCUAUAUAUUGAUUUUUUGCAGGCUGGUUCCUUUAGAGGGGAUGGUUAUGUUACACAACUUGAACGGCUGGAGAACUUUUUAAGUCUCCUUCUUUAUCGGAUGGAGUCUUUAGCUCUUGAUAACUCCGCAUUUAGUGACCAAACAGAUGCUAGUGAUAGCAUAUGCUGCAUCUGUUAUGCAAGUGAAGCUGAUGCAUGUUUUAAACCCUGCUCUCACCGGUCGUGCUAUGGUUGUAUUUCCAGGCAUCUUUUGAAUUGUCAGAGAUGUUUCUUUUGCAAUGCAGCAGUGGAGGAUGUUAUCAGGGCUGGUACUAAUUAGACAUUUUAGCAAGUAUUUAUGUUCCACACUAUUGAAAAAAGAAAAUAAGACAGCACCAAUUUUGGUGGUGCAGACCUAGCAACCAAUGAACUCGUCUUAAUAGGCGCAAUCAUUGUGCUGAUACAACUGAGGUCCUAUCAGAGGAGGCAAUUAUUUAAUUAAAUUAUUAUUACUUUUUGGUCUUUUUUUUUUUUUGGUGGUGGGGGGUGGGGGUGGUUAUGGAGGAUAAUCAAAUUUAAACAUGGUUCAGUAGCAAUAUAGCUGUAUAGGUGUACAAAUAUGGUUAUAGGUUAAAGCAUAUUCUGGUUAGCCUAGAACAUGGUUAGGGAAUUUUGUAGUAAGUUUGAGGGGCAAUAUUCUGUAUAUAUGAGAUGUAAAUACCAAGGAAAAUACUUGUUGACUCCCCUUUUUCUCUCUAUCACUUUCUCUGACUUAGUGAAUCAUUAUAUAUAUAUUUUUUUAUAACUAUAGCAUGAAUAUCCGUAGAAGCCCAUUGCUCAAAUGGAGCUUCCCUCUUGGUGUUUCUCAAAGGGUUUUGAGUAUGGCCUACCACAUUCCUCUAGUAAUCAAUAAAGGAUUUUAAAUGAGAGGAGGAAAAAGAAGGCGGCCAGCAGCCACCAUCACAUCGUGCCCGUCUUCUGGUUCGAGAGCUAAAAAGAUAAAGGUAUGGAGCUAGAAAUGGCACUUUUAACAAACUAUAUCUACAAAAAGGAAGGUGUGGCUGUGGCAACAGAUUGCUCCAUCAGCCAGGUCCUCUUCCACUGCUUGCACGGAUUGGUUUGUGGUUCUGAUGAGGAUGGCGGUGCUCGUGUUCUUCCUUCUGGUAAAGUAAAUGUUAUCAACUCCAAGGUAGAGAUGGAAUUUGUGAAGUCAUAAUGUCAAAGAGAGAUCCAAUUCUGGACAUAGAUCUGUGGAAGAAAGGAAGUCUUGUGAGAAACUGGGCAAGUGUGCCUCUCGGAUACAUACGAGUACAAGUGAGUUUUCUUUCAGAUCUCAGUGUAAAUAUGUUUCGAUAAUAAAAAAGCUAUCUUCCUUGCACCAUUAUAGUGAGUGCAAAAUAAUUCCUUCAUUUGGAAUCCGGUUGUCUCCCCCUUAUAAAUAUGGAACUCAUGUUUUAAUGAUUGUUCAAGUUAAUUUUGAGAUAUAUAUGCUCUCUGAUUAUUUA